AUGCCAGUGACGUACCACUUCUCCUCUGAGUCUGUGACUGAGGGUCACCCUGACAAGCUCUGCGACAUCGUCUCGGACUCUGUCCUCGAUGCCUGCCUUGCUCAGGACCCCAACUCUAAGGUGGCUUGCGAGACGGCCUCCAAGACUGGCAUGGUCAUGGUCUUUGGUGAGAUCACCACCAAGGCCAACCUCGACUACCAGACUAUCGUCCGUAACGCCGUCAAGAGCAUUGGCUUCGACGACUCUUCCAAGGGAUUUGACUAUCAGACCUGCAACGUGCUCGUUGCCAUCGAGCAGCAGUCCCCUGAUAUCGCCCAGGGUGUUCACGAGGGCAAGUCCGAGGAGGACUUGGGCGCUGGUGACCAGGGUCUCAUGUUCGGCUAUGCCACCAACGAGACUCCUGAGCUCCACCCCAUGUCUCACCUUCUCGCCACCAAGCUUGCUGCCAAGCUCUCUGAGGUGAGGAACAACAAGACCCUCCCCUACCUCCGCCCCGAUGGCAAGACCCAGGUCACCAUCGAGUACGAGGAGGAGAACGGCAAGACCAUCCCCAAGCGCGUCUCUGCCCUCCUCAUCUCCACUCAGCACGCUGAGACCGAGGACGGAACUCCCAACGGCAAGACUCUCACCAACGAGAAGAUCCGCGCCGACCUGCGCAAGCACGUCAUCGACACCGUGAUCCCUGCCGGCAUGAUCGACGAUAAGACCGCCAUCCAUCUCAACCCUUCCGGCCGCUUUGUCAUCGGAGGACCCCAGGGUGAUGCUGGUCUUACCGGACGUAAGAUCAUCGUCGACUCCUACGGUGGCUGGGGAGCUCACGGAGGAGGAGCCUUCUCUGGCAAGGACCCCACCAAGGUUGAUCGCUCUGCUGCUUAUGCUGCUCGCUGGGUCGCCAAGUCCAUCGUUGCCGCUGGCCUUGCGCAGAGGUGCAUCGUGCAGGUGGCCUACGCCAUCGGCGUCGCCAAGCCCCUCUCCCUCUACGUCAACACCUACGGCACUGGCACCAAGCCGGACUCGGAGAUCCUCGCUAUCGUGGAGAAGAACUUCGAUCUCCGCCCCUUCGCCAUCAUCAAGGAGCUCAACCUCAAGCGCCCCGUCUACACCAAGACCGCUUCCUUCGGCCACUUCGGCCGCAACGAUCCGGACUUCACCUGGGAGACUCCCAAGAAGCUCAACAUGUAA